CAGCUAUACCCAAACCAACUUAUCAAUAUCACUUUAUAAACAACAACGCCAAAAUGGUCAAAGCAGUUGCAACCGUCCGAGGUGACUCCAAGGUCUCCGGAACCGUCACUUUCGAGCAAGCCUCCGAAUCCUCCCCAACCACCAUCACAUGGGACAUCACCGGCAAUGACCCAAAUGCCGAGCGUGGCAUGCACGUCCAUCAAUUCGGUGACAACACCAACGGCUGCACAUCUGCCGGUCCUCACUUCAACCCCCACGGCAAGACCCACGGUGCUCCCACCGACGAGACUCGCCACGUUGGUGACCUGGGCAACUUCAAAACCGAUGCUCAAGGCAACGGAAAGGGCACUACCACCGACAAGCUCAUCAAGUUGAUCGGCCCAGAGAGUGUCAUUGGCCGAACUGUCGUCGUCCACUCCGGAACUGAUGAUCUCGGCAAGGGAGGAAACGAGGAGUCCAAGAAGACUGGUAACGCCGGUACUCGACCUGCUUGCGGUGUCAUUGGCAUUGCUGCAUAGAUGUAUUAUGAAUUACGAUAUCUGGCCAGAAUUGAGAGUGCACGUUGAUUUGACAAGGAAGCUAUUUAGCUCACUCACAUAGUCAGAAUGAAAAUGAACGCCACAGUCAUACAAUUAAA